AUGACCGACAUAACACCAUUCCAUGUGGUGUAUGGUGGGGAAGCGGUGGUCUACGUGGAGGUCGGAGUAGAAUCUGACCGGGUUCAUCUCUAUGAUGAGGGGAACGCUGAGCGGACGUACAUGGAGCUCGAUUUGGUGGACGAGGCACGGGACAAGGCUGUCAUUCAGCCGAUAGCAUAUCGACAACGUAUGAAGCAGAGCUACAACCGGAGGGUGAUCCCAAGAUCCUUCCAAGUCAAUGAUUUGGUCCGAAAGAGAAUCAAGUCGGUUGGUGACGUCAACAAGCUCGAGGCACCUUGGGUGGGACCUUACAAGGUCAUACAGAAAUUCCGCUCGGGGGCCUACUACCUAGAGGACGAAGACAGAAGACAGCUUGAGUGGCUAUGGAGCACGAACCAUCUCCAACCCUACAAGGCCGGAUGA